GUGUAUUAGACUAGGAUCAAGGUGCAUCACUGCAGGAUAUAUUUGCAGGGUAGGAUCGGGAAAACAAAGCAAACAGUUACAUUUGAAAGCUUUUUGCAACUGUAAAAAUACAUUUAAGUUAUAUCAGGUUUGACAUUGAUUGGAGACCUGCAUCUUCUCGGGAGACUGGGCAAGUCGGUAAAGAUGUUGGAUAACAUCAAGGUGGUACCUCGAGGGCGUAUGUUCUCAGUACAAUAUUCUCUUCCUCGCCUGCCAGUUCCCCCUCUCCAACAGACACUGGAUAAAUACCUGCGCUCUGUUCGACCUCUAGUCACAGAUGAAGAGUUCAAGACUACACAAAAGAUUGUCCAGAAAUUUCUGAAGUCACCCGGACCUGAACUUCAGGCCUUUCUUGAAAAGAAAGCAGCAAACGAAACCAACUGGCUUUCAGAAUGGUGGAGGAAUGUGGCUUAUCUGGAUUACCGUGUCCCAUUAGUGGUUAACUUCAAUCCAGCCGUUACCUUCCCUCAACAGGCUUACAGAGGAAAAGAUGAACAGCUGAGGUUUGCUGCAAAGAUAGUUGCUGGUGUUCUGGACUAUAAAAUCAUGGUUGAUGAACAAACUUUGCCAGUCGAAAUGCUGGGAGGCAAACCUCUAUGUAUGAUGCAAUAUUACCAGAUAAUGUCAGCCUGCCGUAUACCGGGCAUCAAAAAAGAUUCUCAUGAGAUCUUCUUGUCAACAAAUCCUGAUCCUCCAAAGCACAUCUGUGUUAUUCACAACAACCAUAUUUUUUCCAUGGAUGUGUAUGGACUCAAGGGAAAGCCACUGAAUGUGUCACAGUUAUAUAAGCAGUUAAAAGACAUUGUCAGUCAGUCCCAGUAUCCUGCCACACCUGUGGGUCUUCUGACCUCUCUGGACCGUGACACCUGGGGCAGCAUCUAUCAUGAGAUGAUCAAAGAUAAAACCAGUAAAGUUUCUCUGAAGCAAAUACACCGAAGCAUAUUCGUGCUUUGUCUGGACAAACCUAUCCCAAAAGGGAAAAAUAUUCAAUCAUCCAUUGCCAGAGAAAUGCUGCAUGGAGAUGGUGAAGAUUUGAAUUCAGGCAACCGCUGGUUUGACAAGACUUUACAGUUUAUUGUAGGUGCUGAUGGAGCAUGUGGACUAAACUAUGAACACACUUCAGCUGAAGGUCCACCAGUAGCUGCUCUUUUGGACCAUGUUCUGGACUUUGUAGGAAAGAAUGUGGAAUCAGGACUUCCAGCAGCUGAACCAAAACCUUCCCAGAAGCUGACCUUUAAUAUCCCAUCUAAAGUUUCUGGUGCCAUUGAACUGGCAGCAAAAGAAAUGGAAUCGCUGGUGAAGGAUGUGCAAGUCACAAUAUCCAAGUUUGAGAGUUUUGGUAAAAAUUUCAUCAAGGGCUGCCGCCUGAGUCCUGAUGCUUUCAUUCAACUUGCCCUGCAGCUGGCAUACUACAGGAUGCACAACAGACCCUGUGCCACUUACGAAACAGCAUCCCUGCGCCAGUUCCAGCUUGGUCGAACAGAAACCAUUCGAUCAUGCUCAGUUGAAUCCCUAGAGUUUACUCAGGGAAUGCAGAAUGCAUCUCUGCCCGACAAAGUGAAAGUUGCUUUACUGAAGGAAGCUGUGAAGGCACACCGAAAGUACACAGAUGAGGCUGUCAAAGGUCAGGGAGUGGACAGACAUUUAUUAGGUCUGAAACUGGCAGCAUUGGAAAAUGGAUAUGAUGUACCAGAAUUGUACCUGGACACGUCCUUCAAAGAGAGCACCUAUUACAAGCUUUCCACAAGCCAGGUUGGAGCAAAACAUAAUAUGGUCAUGCUGUUUGGUCCAGCAGUUCCGGAUGGAUAUGGGCUCUGUUACAAUCCACAGGACACAAAAAUAUUUUUUUCCGUGACAUCUUAUCAUGUCUGCUCUGAAACGAACUCAGAAAAACUGUCUGCUGCCAUAAAACAGAGCUUAGUAGAUAUGCAGGCACUUUUGAACAGAGUUCCUCCUGACUCCAAACUCUGAUUUUGUAGUUGUGAUGGUAUUGACAGUGUAUGAACCAUAAGAGAUAAUGUGUGAACAGAGAGUGAAUGUGUGCAAUCCUGCAUGCAACGUUUCCUCUUUGCAGGCAGAUGCAUGCAUGUUUAUCGAAAGAAAUUGCCUUUUUGCAGCUAAGAGAACAGCAUAUGUUUUUGUGUUUUGUUAAGUUUGUUUUUCUGAUUGUCAUCAGAAUAGAAGGAUGUUUGUAUUAGUCAGAGAUUCCUCCCCACCACUGUUAUUCAGCUGUGAUAUUUGCAGAUGUAAUCUUAUGACCAUCAUUAUAGGCAAGUCAUUAUCCUGCUUUGAAAUUUUCUGAGCAAUAAUAUGAAAAGACCAUGGGGUCAUUUUAACAAUCUUUGCUGAAUUUUCAUACAAUUUGCUCAUACCAUUUUAAUAAUUAUGAUGACCAUGUGUUCCAGGAAUUGUAUUUUAAUACUGUGCCUUCUGGACAAAUACUUGCCUUCCCAGUGUUAUUGUUUUAAAAAAGAAAUGCCCCGGACAUCAUGAACCACUUGCAUUCAUAGCUCGUGCAGCAUAUAGGCCAUACACACAGGCAUGGCUUUGUCUAUGGAUGCAAAUCUGUUUGACUGCAUGCACAGUCUUUCAUCAGAUCUUUGAUUUUCUCAAAACAUAUCUUAAACGGAGGUGACUGUAUUGAGUUGUGAAAGGUUGAUGGAAGACUAAAGUCUUGUCUUUUAAGGUCUAUAUAGUCUGUACAUUUAUUUCCCUGACGGGAGGUUAUCUAUCUUGAUUUCUGCAAAAGUGGAUUAGCUGGGCAGCAGUUAUUCUUUUUAAUUAAUGCACUAUGAUAGUUUUAAGUGUUUCAGGGAUGUUUCGAUGUUUUUAUACAUUCAUGAUUGAUCUGUACUCGUACUAUUGUUAAAAUUGAAAUGUAAAUUUUAAGAAUUUGCUUGAUUUUAAUGGUCAUUUAAUCGUGUACAAUGUUUUUAUUCCAAAGUUUAUUUGAGGUUGUGAUGACAUUCAGUUGUAUUAUGCACAGAUGAUAACUGUUUGCAUUUUGGUGUAUUGUAACUAAUGCUGUGCUAGUCCUAUAAUGAGUUAUUGACGGCUGUUUGCAAUUUAAAUUUCACAGACUGGCUGUUUUGUUUUUAGAAAAUCAUAAGAAGGCAAGAACCUAUAAAUAUCUUGAACCUGUGAUAGGCAAAACCAAAGAGAGGUUAAAUUUUGUCACAACAUAAGUAUUGUUAGCUUCUUCAGUAUGCACGAGUGAACAAUUCACUUUUUUCAAACUCUUAGACACUGUCACCACCACCCUCCUGGGAUGAGCACAAAUUCUAAAGUGCUUUCUCCUAUCAGGCAAGUGUUACAAAAUUUGGAAGUUUAGAACUUGUGCUCAUAUCAGUUCCUACUGUUCUCCCUGAUUACGACUCUCUUUGAACCAAUGGUGUUCUUUGUGAGCUGCUUUAUCUUGAAAGUUUGCAUGCUUGCCACUUGUUUUAUGCUUCUUUUUUCAUGCAGCAUCACAAAAAUAAAUAUAUAUAUUCAUCUGGAAUAAAGCACAUUUAUUUAUGA